AUGGCCAGUUUCCUCGCCUCCAUUUUCGGUACCGAGCUUGACAAGGUCAAUUGCUCCUUCUAUUUUAAAAUCGGCGCCUGCCGCCACGGCGACCGCUGCUCCAGAAAACACGUCAAGCCGUCCUACAGCCAGACCAUCCUCAUGCCCAACCUCUACCAGAACCCGGCCUACGACCCCAAGAACCGCAUGAACCCCUCCCAGCUGCAGAACCACUUCGACGCCUUCUACGAGGACAUCUGGUGCGAGCUCUGCAAGUACGGCGAGCUCGAGGAGCUCGUCGUCUGCGACAACAACAAUGACCACCUGAUCGGAAACGUGUACGCGCGAUUCAAGUACGAGGAGUCGGCCCAGAAGGCCUGCGACGAGCUCAACAGCCGGUGGUACGCCGCCCGCCCCAUCUACUGCGAGCUCAGCCCCGUCACCGACUUCCGCGAGGCGUGCUGCCGCCUCAACUCGGGCGAGGGCUGCGUCCGCGGCGGCUUCUGCAACUUCAUCCACCGCAAGAACCCCAGCGACGAGCUCGACCGCGAGCUCACCCUCAGCACCAAGAAGUGGCUCAAGAUGCGCGGGCGCGACGAGCGCAGCGUGAGCCGGUCGCCCACCCCCGAGCCCACGAGGCGGAGAUACUAG